GCUCCUGUGCUGAUGGUCAGAGGAUGGAUGUUUUGGAUGUUGUAAAUAAAAAUAGUAUAUGCUGCCACCACGUUCAGCUUGAUAGUACAUCUAAAUAAUCAUACAAAUGCACGCAUUGGAGAAAUUAUGAUUAGUGCUUAAAUAAUACAUUAGCGAUGCAGGCCCAUUUCACUGGUUGUAUCCUUGGAAUUCUGCCUUUGUUUGUGUUAUUGGCAGAAAGCUGAAAGAAUAUUUAUUUUUCAUCAUUUUUAUAACUUACACUAAUACAGUGUAACUAUAACUUUUGGUAGCCUAAAUCAUGAUUUCUAUCAUCAGUGCUUUACCUUCUCUGAGCAACCGCAGAAUAAUAGAUGAACAGGUAUAGGCCUACCAUGUUGUAACACACAGCAUGUUUUAGUCAUGUCAUUUACCAAAAGUCUGCAUUCUCUAUGCACCCUAGCCUGAAACUAGUCGGAAAUUCCACCCAGGCAUGCAGUACACAAUGUAUCGGAACGCAAGGUAGAGGGAUAGGUAAGAGAUAAAGGUAAAUAGUUUCAUGAAGAGGAAGUAGUUGCGCCCCUUUGAAACCUAGUUCCACUGCCUCAGUCCACAGUCGUUAACAUUGGGGACAUCUGCUAUCCUGGUCCCUACCGGGUGUAAAAUGUAUAGGCCUACACACUUAAUACCGACUGACUGAUGGCCAAGGAGACCAUAGGGAGAGGAAUGGAGGAGGAGGUCCCCUACACUUCGGUGGUGUUUUACUCAAACAUUUCUGCAUCUAAAGGUCUUCAUAUUCGCCGUCAGGAGGCAGACACUGUGUAUGAAGAAGUCAAAGUUCAGAACGGUGCCCUGGAGCAGACGACCCCUGCUGGUGGGAACGGUGAAUUGCAUGUCACAGCAAAUCUGUAGAACAUCAGUAGGCCUUGGAUUGAUAGUUUUUGUCAUCAUUCAAAAAAACAUUUAAUACAAUUAUAGAACUAAUAAAACAUUCCAAAUAAAAUUGGGGAGGGUCUGGGACAGCCAUCUCCAAACCUAAUAUCUGAACUUCACCGAUGAGUUUUAUGUAAGUUUUGCAGAUGUACUUGGGAGGCACAUGGACAGAAGGGGACAGCACCUUUAGGAUUUCGGUCUGGAUUGUGUCCACAGCGAGUAUUAAGAAUGUCUCUAAUUGUUGUUUCUCAUGGUCAUUAUGACAGAUCAGAAACAUAGGCCUACUUGUAAGUAUGUGGCCUUAUGUUUGGCAAUCAUCUGUGUAAUUCUGACAUCUCUGCUCAUCUCCUACUAUUUAUUCAUUUUUAAAGGAAAUCAUGAGUUGGUAAGUCAAUUGCAAGAAUUAAAAGAAAACCAAACAACACUGCUGGCAUAUCAAGACCACCUGGAGGCAGUUGUUGGAAACCUCACAUCAUCCAAUGAAAACCUGGUGAGGAGUCACAGCAACCAGAGCAGAAGCUGUGACGUUUUUAUCAACGAAAACCAGGAUCUAAAGACAGAGCUAACUGAACUAAAAGAAGCCAAUAGGCUCACCGACACCUGUGCUCAGAAGACCAUUGACACAUACUGCCGCCCCCAAGAGGGCCAGAGUCCAAUGUGUAGACCUUGUGAAACUGGAUGGGUAAAUGGUAAUUCCAGCUGCUCUGUGAUUGUGGAAGAUGUUGAUGAAGGGAAGACAUGGGCUGAAGCCCGGGAGGACUGCAGGGGAAGGAGAGCAGAUUUGGUUGUAAUAGACAAUGAAGAGGAACAGAAUCUCGUCACUUAUAACAGCUCCAGUUCUACGAGUGAUAUUAAGGGCUACUGGCUGGGCCUGUCAGACACGGCUGGGAAUGGGACAUGGAGCUGGGUAGACGGGACCAACGUGACCCUGAAACUCUGGACCAGUACCAACGACACCACCUCCAGUCCCCGCUGUGCAGUAACACGGGGACCCUUUGGAUGGAGUGGUGUGAACUGCACGGCCAAAAACCAUUGGAUAUGUGAAAAGAAGCGGCUCUCUGUUUAGCUCUCACUCUCAGGUCGGGAAGAUACACUCUGUUCUAGGCAUAUGUGUUCAUAUUUGGCUUUAUUUUAGGAGCUUGAAAGAAAUCCACUUGGAUCUCCACAAUUUAUGUUUCAAUGUUGGCUUUUUAAAUGUGUAUAGAAUGUGCCUUAACCAUAAGCAUUCACAAUGAAACAGACAGCUUUUUUUUGGCGUGCGUAUUGGGAAACAAUGCUUGUGUCCAAAAUGUUUGCAUAUUACUCAAUAUGAAUAAUUUUGAAUAUGUUGUAUGCUUGGAGAUAUGUCUCAACGUGUUUAUUUUACCUGGCAUUCGUUACUUUUCUUUUUUGUCCAAUAAAACUAUCAAUACC